UGGAUCCGCUGUCAUUCAGCUGAGCUUACAAAGGUGAGCACACCGUCAGCCAUUUCCCAUCGCCGGACUCCGUACUCAUUUCCGCGGAGGAAGGGGAGACUUUCGGGCGAAGCUGGACUCAACUGACUCACCGUGAUCAUACCUGCUUUGGAGGCUCCGUGGAAAGUUCCGAAUUGUUCUGAAGCUUUGUGACAUUUUGACACGAGAUUUACAACCGGAUUCAAAAUGCCGAAACCACUAAAUGUUCGUGUUACUACGAUGGACGCUGAGCUGGAGUUUGCCGUUCAGCCCAGCACAACUGGCAAGCAGCUCUUUGACCAGGUGGUGAAGACCAUAGGAUUACGUGAAGUAUGGUACUUCGGACUACAAUAUAUGGACACCAAAGGAUACCUUACAUGGUUGAAACUUGAUAAAAAGGUCUCCUCUCAGGAUGUAAAGAAGGAGAACCCCCUCCAGUUUAAGUUCCGUGCCAAGUUCUUCCCAGAAGAUGUGUCAGAGGAGUUGAUCCAGGAGAUCACUCAGAAGCUGUUCUUCAUGCAAGUGAAAGACAGCAUUCUCAGUGAUGACAUCUACUGUCCUCCAGAGACUGCUGUGCUUCUGGCCUCCUAUUCAGUGCAGGCCAAAUUUGGUGAUUUCAACAAGGAAGUGCACCGGCCUGGAUACCUGACAUCUGAUCGCCUCCUGCCCCAACGGGUUCUAGACCAGCACAAGUUAUCGCGUGACCAGUGGGAGGAGAGGAUUCAGGUGUGGCAUGAGGAACACCGUGGAAUGUUGAGAGAGGACGCAAUGCUGGAGUAUUUGAAAAUAGCUCAGGAUCUAGAAAUGUAUGGAGUGAACUAUUUUGACAUCAAGAACAAGAAGGGAACAGAGCUGUGGCUGGGUGUGGAUGCCCUGGGCUUAAAUAUCUAUGAGAAAGAUGACAAACUCACUCCGAAAAUUGGAUUCCCCUGGAGCGAAAUAAGAAAUAUUUCCUUCAGCGAUAAGAAGUUUGUCAUCAAGCCUAUUGAUAAAAAAGCUCCAGAUUUUGUGUUCUACGCCCCCCGUUUGCGCAUAAAUAAACGUAUCCUACAGCUGUGCAUGGGGAACCAUGAACUGUACAUGCGCCGCAGGAAGCCGGACACCAUCGAGGUGCAGCAGAUGAAAGCGCAGGCUCGAGAGGAGAAACAACAGAAACAGAUGGAGAGAGCUCAGCUGGAGAAUGAGAAGAAGAGACGAGAGGCCAUAGAGAGAGAGAGAGAGCAGAUGGAGAAAGAGAAACAGGAGCUCAUGAUGAAACUCUACCAGUUUGAGGAGAAGACCAAAAAAGCAGAGAAAGACCUGCAGGAGCAGAUGCAGAGGGCCAUACAGUUGGAGCAUGAACGGAGACUGGCAGAGGAGGAGGCCACCAGGUUGGAGUCGGAGAGGCAGAUCGCCCUGCUUGCGAAAGAGGAACUGGCCCGACAAGCUCAGGAUCAGCUGAAGAGUCAGGAACAGCUGGCUGCAGAGCUGGCAGAACAUACUGCUCGGAUUGCACUCCUGGAAGAAGCCAAAAGACGCAAGGAGGAGGAAGCUGAGACAUGGCAGAACAGAGCUCGGGUAGCCCAGGAUGACCUGGCCAAGACCCGAGAGGAGCUUUAUACAGCAGUGUCAACACCUCUCCCUCCACCACCACCCGCCUAUGAACACUAUGAGAAUGAGUUGGAAGAUGGGGAGGAGAGCGCCAGUAGCUACAGCACAGACCUGCAAACUGAAGGAAUCGAUGACCACCGCCACGAAGAGCAGCGAAUCACUGAGGCAGAGAAGAACGAACGAGUGCAGAAACAGCUGCUGGCUCUGACUUCAGAGUUGGCCCAGGCUCGUGACGACACCAAGAAGACUCCGAACGACCUGCUGCACACAGAAAACGUGCGUGCCGGCCGAGACAAAUACAAAACUCUCCGGCAGAUCCGUCAGGGCAACACGAAACAGAGAAUUGACGAGUUUGAGGCCUUAUAAAAUAUUCAGACCAGGAAAUUAGACUUUGGUAGUAAAGGAAGCAAUGAGUCUCUUAAGUCCUUGUCUGGUUUUUUCUGUCCCUACUUCUGAGUGGUCAAUGCAAGAGUCAUAACCUGCGUACAGCACACUUUUCAAAUGCAACACAGCUCUGAUUAGGUAGAUUUGGAGAAGACUGGUUCAGCGCACUAAAAUCUGAAUGAAAACUAUUUAAAAUUCACAAGGAUUAUUAUUACAUUUAAUAUAACUCCACACAGAUAAAGAUGUUUACCCCUUAAUGGCAUAGAUCGUAUUUCACAAGCACAAACCACUGACUUUUUCACAGGCUGUAUUGAAAUAAAUCUGUUUUUGCCAUGAAAAUAUGAAACUCCAUAUUUCUACACACGUGCCAACAAUGCAUCCCCUUUUGUUAUUUACAUGAUUGUUUGAAAUUCAGUAAACUGACUAAAUUACAGUUUUAACCAGUUUUGGGUUGUAAUAAGGCAUUGAUUUUGAAGUGUAUAUAUAUUGAUAAUGACACACUCAGCGCAGGGCUUGGCAGUAUGAUCUUAAAACAUAUGUAAUGUCCUAUAUUAAAACUUUCAUUCAUGUUGAAUAUGCA